AGGCUAGCCAAUUUGGUUCCAGACGAUUCUCGGAGCUUGAUAUGCCCCUUCACUGGUGGCGUUACCUGCAUGGAACUUGACAAAACAGAGGACCGCUUUCUGUUAGCGGCGGCCGCCGACACGACUAUCGCGUUAUAUGACACCCAUGUAGGCUCUGAAAAGGCGACCACGCUCAUCGCACCCUUAUUCUCAUGUAGGGGCCGUCACAACAACGCUGAGCGGGGCCACAAGUAUUUGAUUAGCUCCGUGGCAUGGUAUCCUGUGGAUACCGGGCUAUUCGUAACUGGCUCAUACGACUGCACCGCCAAGGUGUGGGAUACCAACGAAGUGCAGGUGGUGAACACUUUCCAGCUACCCAAGAAGGUAACGGCAGUGGCCAUGUCGCUAGUGGCGACCUCACACACCCUCAUUGCAAGCGGCUGCGAGGACGCGCACGUACGGCUGUGCGACCUCACGUCAGGCGCCGUCACCCACGUUUUCUCGGGGCACAGGGAUUCGGUAUGGUGCGUGGCGUGGUCCACCAGCAGCGAGUACGAGGUUCUAUCUGGAGAUGGGGCCGGCCAGAUCCGGCUAUGGGACAUCCGCCGGUCGGGCUGUCGGGCCGUGUUUGACCAAUACUGCACGCAGCGACUCGACCGGGCGCGGUCCAUGGAGGAAGAUGUACCGCCGCCUCCUGUAUCGCCCGCCAAGAAGCCACGGCGCAGUGGAUCCUCAGGGCCCAUGCAUACUGCUAAAUCGGCACCAGCGCUGCUUUCAGCCGAGCCAGUGCCAUCUUCGUUCCGCAUGAAGGAGACGGCGGUCCGUGCGCACAGCGGCGCAGUGACCUGCCUGUUGCCCUGCCCUGACAGCGUAAACCUCAUCUCAGCCGGCACGGACAGCCGCAUGCGGUUGUGGGAUGCACAGUACCGAUACAACAAGUUGGUGGGCUAUGAGGGAACUUAUAAUCGUGCCUUGCGGGCGCGGCAGGUAGCUGUAACGGACGACGCGCGCGUUGUAUUUUAUCCAACUGGGACUUCCGUGAACGUGUAUGAGGUAGAAACUGGUCGUAUGCUAGCGAGUGUUCAGGGAGCUCAUACCGAAACGAUAAAUUGCUGUGCAUACAACCCUUCCCUGCGUGAGCUUUAUAGCGGGGGUAAUGACUGUAAGCUGCGCGUAUGGUCGAUGCGCGCUGAUUCCCAUGGGUGUGUUGAUGAUGACGUGGGCUGA